GUUCGUGUUGACUGCGAGAGAAUAUUGAUAAAGCAAGUCGCGUCAACGCGGAUCAAACGAUGAACACCGAAAUAUUAAUUUUAAUCGUCGCUGUCGCUUGGAGUGUCAGCGUAGAGGCAAUUGGUUCAGGAAAUUACAUAUCUAUAACUGAGGCACCUUAUUACGUAGCUAUCGACGACAAGUGGUAUAAGUACACGCAAGAGACAAAUUACUGCGGCGGAUCUAUUCUGUCGGAGCACUGGGUGAUAACAGCGGCCCAUUGCGCUGACCACUUCCAGAGAGUGCCGAUGAGGGCUCGAACUGGCGGUACAACGCAGCUGGGCCACGGGGAAUAUCACGAGGUCGAAAAGGUCGUCGUCCAUCCCGAUUACGAGGACAGCUUCGUCGCCGAGCUGGACACCGCGAUCGGUCACAACGACAUCGCUUUACUGAAGUUGCGCGCGCCGAUCUCGUUCAGCACCUACCAGCAGCCAAUACAAUUAAGCAGCAAGCCGCCGGCCAUCAACGACACCGUUAGCCUCGUGGGCCUCGGCAUAGAAGGACAAAGCGCCGACUCUGCGUCUCUGAAGGAAACUCAAAUGAGGGUGGGCACACUCGACGAUCUGGAUCCAAAGUGGAUACCCACCUUCGUCGUCACGACGGACGAGCAUUCGGCAGCUUGCGCCGGCGACUCCGGCGGUCCCGUUGUCGGCGACGACAACGAGCUUGUUGGCAUUCUGGUGAUGGCGUCUGGAUGCAGAGACUGGUGGCGGCGCUCGGUCGAGCAGUUCAAUUUCGUUACGCCCGUUUACGUGUACUACGAUUGGAUUGUCGAGCACACCGGACUCGGCUACGCGACUUCAGGAGGUUCACCGCGCUCGUAACUCCAAUGCAGAGCUAGCCGCGAAAAUGUACACGCCGAUGCCGCGAGAGUGUGCCUUGUCUUUGGAGCGACGCAGUCGAUUUCGAUGACAAGAAUAAAUUACAGUUGAGG